GGGAGCCGCGGGUGCAUGGAGAGCCUGAGCGCCGACCUGCGGGACCUGCAGGCAGCCAUCACCGACGUGUCCUCCCGCGCGGGCGCCGUGCGCUUCCCCUCCUGGAAGUUCCCCGACAAAUUGUCCUGCGACCUGGACAUGGCAGCGCUGCUGCAGCGCUACAGCCACAGCCACAGAGACCCCCAGUUCAGCCAGCAUGCACACGUGGUGCUGCUCGAGCUGCUCAUCGACAGGCUGCUGCUGCUGCUGCAGAGCUUCACAGGCUAUGCGGAGAUGGUGCUGAGCGCGUGUGCUGUGCCACCAGCGCGGGGCACAGGACCCUGCAUGUCCGCAGGGCUCACAGCCAGGAGGUUCUGGAGCAGCAUGAUGAAACUGGGGACCUUCUGCCAGCAGCUCCGGGACCAGGUGGGACUUCUGGGGAAGCUGAGUGCAGGGGUCACCCCCUCUGGCAGCAGCUCCCAGCCCAGGGCUGCCCCCAGCCUGGACCAGGGCACCCAGACCGUCCCCCCAGCGUCACCUGUGGGCUCAUGUGACAUGUGCAGCAGUGCCCAGGCCAGCCUGCGUGAGGUGGGCAGAGCCAUCACCAGCAUCUGCCAGAGCCAGAACAUCCCCUCGGCACUCAGCAAAUUCCAGGAGGUGCUGGAGGACAACACGGGGAGAAGGAGCCUCUCCACAAUGGACAUGAGCUCUUGGGCCUCGGAGCAGAGCAAGGAUCUCUCCCAGAUCCACGAGCACCUCCAGGGGCUGCUGCAGCAGGUGAAUCCGGUGAAGGCAGAGCUGGAAGAGCUGCGGAAACAGAAGGAAGAGCUCCAGAAGCAGGUUGAGGACUUUUCCCAGAGGCUGCAGGCAGAGAAGGAGACCCAAGUGCAGCAGCAGAGGAAAGCUGAGCAGAGCCUGAAGGCCAAGGACAAAGAGCAUUCGGAGGCUGUGGCCAGGCUGGAGCAGGACAAGAAUGACCUGUGGAGAGGAGUUGCUCUGCUGGAAGAGACACUCUCUGUCCUAAAGGAGGAGCUGGUGGCAAAGCAGGCGGCUGUGCAGGAGCUAGAGCUCACCAAGACCACCUUGCUGGAGGAGGUAAGGACCACGGCAGUGGCCCAGAGCCAGGUGCUGGAGCUGGAGGAGAAGGUGCAGGUGCUCACAGACCAGCGGGACAGCCUGAGUCAGGAGCUGAGUGCCACCAGCACCCAGCUGGAGAAUGAGAAGUUCAGAGUGGAGAGCAUGCUGCAGCACGAGGAGGUACGGCUCACCCUGCAGGCCAAGCAGAGGGUCCUGCAGCAGCAGCUGGACAGCCUGGACCAGGAGCGUGAGGAGCUGCAGGCCAGCCUGGCAGAGGCUAAGGAGGACAAGGCCCGGCUGGAGGAGCAGCUGGAGCAGAGCCGGGAGCAGAGCUGGAAACAGCUCCGGGUGCAGCAGGAGCUGCUGGACACGCUGCGGCAGGAGAAGCUGGUCCUGGAGCAGUCCAUCCUGGAGCUGCAGGCGAACACGUCCCAGCUGGAGAAGGAGGCACAGGAGCUGAGGGAGCGGGAGAGGCUCCUGGUGUUCUUCCCUGAGCUCCACGUCCCCAUUGAGACGCAGUGUGAGGGCACUGGGAGCUUGACAGAGGACAUGGAGAAGCAGCUCCAGGCCAACAGCAUCCGGAUCAGUGUGCUGGAGCAGGAGAACGCACGGCUUGAGGCUGUGCUGGCCAAGCUGAAGGUGGCUGCAGAGCAGGGUGUGCUGAAGCUUGUCCCACAGGCCCAUUGGAGCCCCAGCUCUGCAGGGAGGCCAGCAGGCAGGACUCAAG